AUGACCAAGCUUGCUCCCCCUCAGACCGUCCUCAUCAUCGGAGGUGGCGAGUUCGGUGCGACCACCGCACUUGAGCUCGCACGGGGGGCAUACAAGGGUCACGAGCAUCUGAUCACCAUUCUCGACCGUGCAGCCUCCCCGCCUGCGUCAGACGCCGCGUCGUACGACUACAACAAGAUCGUGCGCCAGGAGUACAGCGACACAGUAUAUGCCCGUCUGGCCCACGAAGCCAUGGAUCUGUGGCGCACGCCGGAGUGGAGUGAAAACUACCAUGAAUGUGGCGUCGUUGUUUCCGUUUCCUCUGGCGCAGAGCAAGGAGGGUAUAUCCAACAGGCGUUGGCAGUGAACUCGCUCCCAGGCAUGCAAACUCCUGGCCUGGAUGCCCGCACCUUGGAUGGCCGCCGCGCUGUGCAGGAAGUGUACCCUUCGGAUGUGCCACUUGGGGACUUCGCCAAUCAGGACGUCUACAUCAACUAUGCUGGCGGAUGGGCAAAUGCGCGAGGGGCGACAGAGGCCGUCAUCGCAAGGUGCCGUGAGGCCGGCGUCCGUUUCCGCCAGGGCACUGCCGCCGAGCUCAUCACGGAGGGCCGCAAAGUGCGGGGGGUGGUCACGGCCGAGAAUGCGGAUCGCGUCAUUGCGGACUUUACCAUCGCGUGCAUGGGCUCGUGGACUCCCACUCUCCUUCCCGAACUCAAGGACGAGUGCCUCCCGACUGGCCAGGUAGCAGCUACUAUUCAACUCACGCCUGAAGAGCAUGAGCGCUAUCGCAAUGUGCCCGUGACGCGCAUGAUUGACAACGGCUUCUACUGCUUCCCGCCCAACAAGGACGGCAUCGUCAAGAUGGCGAUCCACCAGAAGGGUUACCUGAAUCCCCAGGACGGCCUGCCCUCCGUCCCCCGCACCCACCUUACGCGCGGAUACGAGUAUCAGCGUGUGCCUGAGAAUGCGCGACGACAGCUCCUGCACGGCCUCAAGCGCGUCUACCCCGAGCUGGCAGCUAAGCCGUGGCUCGCGUCCCGCUUGUGCUGGUACUCGGAUCGCCCGAGCGGCGACUGGCUUAUCGACCACCACCCCGGGUAUGAGGGCCUCUUCAUCGCUGCGGGCUGCGCCGGGCACGCCUUCAAGUUCAUGCCCAUUCUCGGCCGCCUCAUUGUCCAAAGCAUUGAGGGAACGCUGGCUAAGGAAUACAAGGACAUUUGGGCGUACCAUCACCAAGUCGUGGGACGUAAGGACGCAUCGCGCGACUGGGCCACCCUCUACCGUCUUGAUGCUGCCAACGUUUCGCGUCUCUAG